AUGGCAUCUGCAGGGCUGGAGAGGAAAGUGCCCACCAGGCAGAAUCGUGACGAUCUUGUCAGGAAGGACCUGGCAGAGGCUGGCAUGGAGUCUGGCCUUGUGUGUGGCAGGAAUACAGACGAGCCAGGAAGCCCCAUGCUGGACGAGUCCGACGGAGAGGAGCGAGAGGACGAGCCCAUGGCGCCGCUGGCCAGCAACACAGACGAUCUCGGGUCUGAUGAGGACAAUCUGUCCUCAGAGCGAGAUGCCGCAGAGAUGACAGAAACAGAAGGGGAACUUGAGCAAAGUGAAGAUGAGGAGAAGCCCCGUGUAGAUGCCUCGAGCAGAGGGGCCAGUGUGGGGCCCGCUGAGGCCCCUGAGGAGAGAAAAGAGGAGCCACCACUCAGAGAAGUCCACACUCCUCCAGCCAACCUUCCUGUGAAGCUGCUUUCUCGACUGGGCAGUCUGGACAGUCCCCACUCUAAUCAGAGCCGUUCCGCUCCAGCUACGCUGCCCAGGAACUUCGCCCUGCCCAAAGACGCCCUGAGGGGCAGGUUUUCCACCCCCACCGGCUCCCCUCACUUAGGUCUGAUGCACCCUCAGCUGCCCCCUAGCUGCAUCAUCGAGGAGCUGCACCGUGCACUGGCCACCAAACAUCGGCAGGGCAGUUUCCAUGGUAAGGAGAUCCGUAGUUCCCCCAGACGGCGCUCGGACGGACGGCAGUCCCGCACCGCCAGCACUGAGCCGAGCGCAGAGGUGGAGAACAAAAAAGAGGCCGAAGAGAACAAGGAGAACAUGCGUCUGGAUGAAUUCUACAGCGACCAAGACAGCUGGAACGAGUCCGUCAUCUCUGGUACACUUCCACGACGAAUAAGAAAAGAGCUUCUGGCAGUGAAGCUGUGUAACAGACCCAGUAAACAGGAGCUUGAGGACAGGAACAUCUUCCCUGUGCGCAGUGAUCAGGAACGCCAGGAGAUCCGCCAGCAGAUUGAAAUGAAGCUUGCCAAGUGAGUCCUGUCAUGCUGAUGCUGUGAAUGUGGAGUAAAGUUUCAUGCACACAUAUUUGACACUGAGUG